AUGGAGGGCUCGCCGCUGCACUUGACGUUUGCUGGCCUCGAUGGCCGCGAAGUGCGCCUGACAGUGUCGGAUCAGAUCUCGGGCUUUCAGCUCCUGCGGCUGGCGCGGUCCCAGCUGCCGAAGCCCGGCGGGGUGCUCCGCUUGAGCUUCGACGGGGCGGAGCUUCUGCCCGACCGAACUUUGCGAGAGCAGGGCUUGCCGGAUGGCGCUUUCGGCAUGUUCACCUACACCAAGACCUGCCUCGUGCAGGUUUGGGCGGCGCUGGCGGGAGCUGCUCUUUCGGAGGAGGCCUUGGAAGGUGUCACGCAGCUGAGGUGGGAGAAGAACUACGUGGCUCAACUGACCGCAGCUUUGCCCUGCACGCUGCAGAGGCUGAUGCUCAGCAGCGGGUUCAACCAAAGCUUCACCGUGUUGUUGCCGAGCAGUCUGCAGAGCUUGACCUUUGGCCAGGACUUCGACCGAGAUCUGCAAGGAGUGAAUUUGCCGCACAGUCUGCAGAGCUUGACUUUCGGCCGGGCCUUCAACCGAGGCCUGCAGGGCGUGACUUUGCCGAGCAGACUGCAGUCCUUGACCUUUGGUGAUGAAUUCAACAAAAGUUUGCUGGGAGUGACCUUGCCAAGCGGCCUGCAAAACCUAAGCUUUGGCAACAAGUACACAAAAUCCUUGCAGGGCGUGGCUCUGGGCUGCCUUCAACGCUUGACUUGUGGCAAUGGGUUUGGGCAUGACUUGCCAGGAGUGACUUUGCCAGGCAGCUUGCAGAGCCUGACUUUCGGUCGGGACUUUAACCGAACUUUGCAGGGACUGACUUUGCCAGGCAGCCUGCAGAGCCUGACUCUUGGCGAUGGCUUCAACCAAUGUUUGCUGGGAAUUGCCUUUCCGUGCAGCCUAAAGAGCCUGACUUUUGGGGCGCGCUUCAACCAAACCUUGCAGGGAGUAGAUUUGCCAGUCAGCUUGCAACGCCUCAGUUUCGGCAGGUGCUUCAACCAAGACAUGCAAGGGGCCACUUUACCAGGCCUUCUCAGUGUGACUUUUGGUGACGACUUCAACCAAAGCCUGCAGCACGUGGCCUGGCCCAGCCUGCAGAGCCUAACCUUGGGAAACGGCUUCAGCCAAGGCUUGCAGGGAGUGACUUUGCCCGAAAGCCUGGAGACUCUGACUUUGGGCUUGCACCAAAGUUUGCAAGGAGUGAUUUUGCCAGGCAGGCUGCGGAGUCUGAGCUUUGGCUUCAACGUUGAUGAAAACUUGCAGGAGUUAACCCUGCCAGCCAAUCUGCAGAGUUUGACACUCAGCUUGAACGAGCGCCUGCAGGGAAUGACUCAGCCGGGCAGCUUGCAGCGCUUGACUUGCGGCAACAGGUUGGGGCAGCACUUGCAGGGGAUGGCUUUGCCAGGCAGCCUUCGAAGCCUGACCGUGGGUGAUGGAUUCAACCAAAGCCUGCAGAGGAUUGCUUUGCCGAGCGGCCUGCAGAGUCUGGCUUUCGGCCGGGACUUUAAUCGUGUCUUGCAGGGAGUGGCUAUACCAGGCAGUUUGCAGAGCCUGACCUUUGGAGAUGGGUUCAACCAAAGCUUGCUGGGCGUGAUCUUGCCGGACGGCCUGCAAAGCCUCACUUUCGGCGCCUGCUUCAACCAAAGCCUGCAGGAGGUAGUCUUGCCCAGCGGCCUGCAGAGCCUCACCUUUGGCGCGGGAUUCAACCGGGAUCUGCAGGGAGUGCCCUUGCCAGCGAACCUGCAGCACCUGACCUUUGGCGAAGGAUUCAAGCAAGGCCUGCAAGGCGUACCCCUGCCAGGCAGCCUGCGGAGCCUGACUUUCGGCGCCAGCUUCAACGGGAGCCUGAGCGGCAUAUAUGCGAGUGGCCUUGAAAGAUUCUCGGGCGGAGGCAUCACCGUUCAUUGUGGUUGA